GUGUGUGUGUGUGUGUGUGUGUGCGCGCGCCGGAUAGAAAGUCACUCUGGUUUCCAACUGAGUGCCUGCUCUCUCUCACAGUGCGCGCGCGUUUGUGCGUGUGCGCGCGUGUGUCUACGUGUGUGCGUUGUCAUUAUUAUCCACUCUGCUCCCAGCUCGAGAAUGGCCAGAUUCACUCAGACUGAAACAAGAAGGCAGCAGCAGCAGCAGCAUCCUCCUCCUCCUCUUCCUCCUCCUCCUCCUCCUGAGCAGCAUCCCGUUCCACACUCCUCCAGCCUGCUCCUCAGCGGACCGAGCCCGGCACCACUGCUCCUGUUCCCGCACCACCACUUCCAGCACCACCACCAAUACGUCCAAAUCCCACUGUCCAAACCCAUGAACGGCUCAGAACCCAUUUCACUUCAUCCGGAGAACGGCGCCAUGAAGGACCAGGAUGCCAUUAAGCUGUUUAUCGGGCAGAUUCCGCGCAACUUGGAAGAGAAGGACCUGAAGCCCCUCUUUGAACAGUUUGGGAAGAUCCACGAACUGACAGUUCUCAAGGACCGCUACACCGGCAUGCACAAAGGUUGUGCAUUCCUCACCUACUGCGCCCGAGAGUCCGCCAUCAAAGCCCAGAACGCCCUCCAUGAACAGAAAACACUGCCAGGGAUGACUCGCCCCAUCCAGGUGAAACCGGCCGACAGCGAGAGCCGUGGAGAGGACAGGAAGUUGUUUGUGGGGAUGCUGAACAAACAACAGACCGAGGAGGACGUCUAUCGCCUAUUCGAACCCUACGGAGUCAUCGAGGAGUGCACGGUUCUAAGAGGUCCCGAUGGCAACAGCAAAGGUUGCGCCUUUGUCAAGUUCUCCACACAUACCGAGGCUCAGUCAGCAAUUGGUGCCCUACACGGAAGUCAGACAAUGCCAGGUGCGUCCUCCAGCCUGGUGGUCAAGUUCGCCGACACAGACAAGGAGCGCACCAUCAGACGCAUGCAGCAGAUGGUCGGCCAGUUUGGCAUCUUCAACCCCGCCAUUGCCCUCCCCUUCAGCACCUACAGCUCUUACGCACAUGCGCUCAUGCAGCAGCAGGCGGCCAUCAUGGCAGCCAGCCACGGCGGUUACCUGACGCCGAGUGUGGCCGCCUUCCCCGCCACGCAGAUCCAUCAGAUGGGGGCGCUCAACAUCAACAGCCUGCCACCCACCCCUAUGACCCCGGUGUCGGGUGAGUUUCAUCAAGCCUUGGGCCUGAGUUCUCCACCAGCCAACAUCACCACCUCCGCCGUGCCCAGCAUUGUCACGCCCAUCGUCAAUGGAUUCACCGGCAUCCCUCAUCAGCCCAACGGACACCCUGCCGUGGAGACGGUCUACACCAACGGCCUGCCGCCUUACUCCACCCAGAGCCCCACCGCCGCUGACACCCUGCAGCAAGCCUUCACCGGUGUACAGCAAUACACAGCGAUCUACCCGGCCACCACGCUGACUCCCAUUGGCCAGACGCUGCCUCAAGCACCCCAGGUCAUCCAGCAGCAGCAGCAGCAGCAGAGAGAAGGUGAGGGUCCGGAGGGCUGUAACCUGUUCAUCUACCACCUGCCACAGGAGUUUGGAGACAACGAACUCAUGCAGAUGUUUCUGCCCUUUGGCACCGUCAUCUCAUCCAAGGUUUUCAUGGACCGGGCGACCAACCAGAGCAAGUGUUUCGGCUUUGUGAGCUUUGACAACCCCGCCAGCGCGCAAGCAGCUAUCCAGGCCAUGAACGGCUUUCAGAUUGGCAUGAAGAGGUUGAAAGUCCAGCUAAAGCGACCGAAGGAUGCCAGCCGCCCUUACUGACACAGCCUAUCUUUAGUAUCCACCGCAGCAGCAGCAGCAGCAGCAGCAGCACAGGUUUUAGACGACACGUGAAGAUAUUUCGGAGGGGCUUAUCUCUUCUCUUUUUUUUUCCUCCGAAAGCAACAUAUGUUGUUGUUUUUUUGUUUUUGUUUUUUUUAAUGAACACGUAAGGAUUCUUUGGGGGGGAAAGAGACAUAUCAGCAUUUACUUAUGAAGACUUAAGUUGUGUCGGAACGCGACGAGGAGGCGCGUCGUCGAGGGAUGCUAACAGAUGGCACAGUGGAAGAAAGGAAGAAAAAAAACUCAAAGAAAAAAAAAAGAAUCGAAAAAAAGACUUGAUCAACAGAACUUUUUUUUUCUUGUUGAGACUUGAAUUGUUAAUGAAGCAACAAACUAACAAACAGGAAAAAAGCAGCAACAACAAAUAGAUUUCUAUACGUAUUACAUAUUCUAUACACAUAUAUAUAAAUGAGAGAUGCGCUUGUGGCUUUUACUGCUCCUUGGACAAAUGAGGGUUCACAAAGGCGAAGACGGGGAAAUGGAAAAAAAGGCCGUCUUUCUUCUUCACCCUCUUUUUCUCGUGUCGUCACGCAGCAAGCGCAGCGCCACCAGCCCCGGAGGAGGUCACUGAGGUUUCCGUUAGCGACAGUACAACUGAGAAUCUUUCACCCCGAAAAGGGACCAAAGGACCAAACACAUUUGUAUUGUUCUGAAUCAGUAAUGCAUAGUAUUAAUUCAUGAGACUACUGUACUACUUAAUGACAUUAAGGAGAAAAUUAGCUUCAGGUUGCAAGAAAGAGAAAAAAAAAGAGAA